AUGCACACUGGCGAAAAGCCUUAUAAAUGUGAUGUAUGCUUGAAGUCAUUUUCUCAAAGUAACGACCUUACAAAACACAAACGCGUGCACACUGGCGAAAAACCUUAUAAAUGUGCUGUGUGUUUAAAGUCAUUUUCUGUAAAAUCCUCUCUUACACUACACAAACGAGUACACACUGGCGAAAAACUUUAUAAAUGUGAUGUGUGUUUGAAGUCAUUUCCUCAAAAAAACUACCUUGAAGUACACAAUCGCGUGCACACCGGUGAAAAGCCCUUCAAAUGCACCGUGUGCCUAAUGUCAUUUUCUGUAAAAUCCUCUCUUACACUACACAAACGAGUACACACUGGCGAAAAACCUUAUAAAUGUGAUGUGUGUUUGAAGUCUUUUUCUGAUCAACACCGCCUUACAAGACACGUACGCAUUCACACCGGCGAAAAACCUUAUAAAUGUGAUGUGUGUUUAAAGUCAUUUUCUGAUAAAUCCCACCUUACAACACACGUACGCAUGCACACUGGCGAAAAGCCUUAUAAAUGCGAUGUGUGUUUAAAGCAAUUUUCUGUAAAAUGCAACCUGACACAACACAAACGCGUACACACAGGAGAAAAGCCCUUCAAAUGUAACGUGUGCCUUAAGACAUUUUCUGGAAAAUCCGCUCUCACCGGACAUGAACGUGUGCACACAGGUGAAAAACCCUACAAAUGUAACGUUUGCUUUAAAUCAUUUCGUGAACGCUCAAAAUUAACAAAUCACGAACGCGUACACACUGGUGAAAAGCCCUACGAAUGUAAUGUGUGUUUUAAGUCAUUUUCUGUAAAAUCCACUCUCAGAUGUCACGAACGCGUGCACACCGGAGAAAAGCCUUAUAAAUGCGAUGUCUGCUCAAAGUCGUUUGCUGAAAAAUCCAACCUUAAAACCCAUGUACACAUGCACACCAAAGAAAAGCACUUCAAAUGUAACGUGUGCCUAAAGUCGUUUUUUACAAAAUCCAAUCUCACAGUACACAAACGGGUUCACACCGGAGAAAAGCCCUACACCUGUGCUGUGUGCUCUAAGUCUUUUUCUGAGAAGUCCAGCCUCACAAGACACAAACGUGUGCACACAGGUGAAAAGCCUUACGAAUGUGAUGUGUGCCUUAAGUCAUUUCCUAAUAAACGCAACCUUGUAACACACGAACGCGUGCACACCGGGGAAAAACCCUAUAAAUGUAAUGUGUGCCUUAGAUCGUUUUCUGUAAAAUAUUCUCUCACAACACACAAACGGGUGCACACUGGCGAAAAACCUUAUAAAUGUAAUGUGUGUUUGAAGUCAUUUUCUCAAUGUACCGAUCUCUCAAAACACAAACGCAUACACACUGGAGAAAAGCCUUAUAAAUGUAAUGUGUGUUUGAAGUCAUUUUCUCAAUGUGCCGAUCUCUCAAAACACAAACGCAUACACACUGGAGAAAAGCCUUAUAAAUGUGAUGUGUGUUUGAAGUCAUUUUCUCAAAAAAACUACCUUGAAGUACACAAUCGCGUGCACACUGGAGAAAAACCCUACAAAUGUAACGUGUGCCUUAAGUCAUUUGGUGAUAAAUCUUCUUUCAACAAACACAAACGCAUACACACUGGAGAAAAGCCCUACAAAUGUGAUGUAUGCUUGAAGUCAUUUUCUCGAAGUAACGGCCUUACAAUACACGUACGCAUUCACACCGGCGAAAAACCUUAUAAAUGUGAUGUGUGUUUAAAGUCAUUUUCUGAUAAAUCCCACCUUACAAAACACAAACGCAUGCACACUGGCGAAAAGCAUUAUAAAUGUGAUGUAUGCCUUAAGUCAUUUUCCAAAAAAUUCAGUUUCACACGACACAAAUGCUUGCGCUAUCAAUAAAUUAUAUUUAUUAAUUUGUAAAUAAAAUGUGUGAAGUGAGUUACUCACAACUUUAUAUAACAUAUGCUACUGGUAAAGUUUAAUUUUGUUUUCUUUUAAUCAAAUGAUCACCGCAUGUUUCUUUCGUUUACCCUAUAGGCCUUUAGUGGUUGUUUGGCGUGUUUUGCUU